AUGUUUUCAAAAAAUUCAAAACUUUCAAAUACGCCAAGUACAUUGAAAUCUGACAUCAAUGCUGUUGGGCAAUCCAAUGAUAGAAUCGAUGAUAAAUGUAAUGUUGAACCUGAUGAAGCCAAUGCAAUAGUUGAUACAUCACUGAAAACUAUGUCCAAUGUAACAAAUCUUAUUAUGGCAGAUAAAAUUGAUUCAAGUGUAUCCAAUGAUAGUAUUGUACCCGUACAUAAUAAUGAUCCGAUAAACCAACUUCCAGUGAAUCGCCUUGAACUCAGAGAUCGAAUAUCAGCUGGUCCAUACCACCCAAACAUGGAAUCUUAUCCAAAAACAAUGCAAGGAGCAUCAGAAAGAUCAUUUCAAAAAUCCUGGUUUGAAAAAUAUGUAUGGUUAGAAUAUAGUCCAUCUAAAGACCUAGCAUUUUGUUUUCCAUGUAGGAUCUUUAAGGGUAAUAAUUUAAACAGCAGUCAAUUAGAUGAUGCAUUUUCUAAAACUGGUUUCUAUAGUUGGUAUAGAGGUAUUAAUCGUUUUAAUAAACAUCAAAUGACUAAAUCCCAUAUUUUUAGUACCCGAGCAAUGGCUGAUUACUUAAAUACUACUUCUAUUGAUCAACAAAUAGAUAUAAGUAGAAAAGAAUAUAUUUCCAAAUGUGAAAGUGAUCGUUUGCACAAUAGAGAAAUUAUGAAGCGUUUGAUAGAUAUAACUUUGUGUCUUGUUAAAGGAGGAAGGCCUUUUAGAGGUCAUGAUGAAGGAGAAAAAAGUAAUCAAAAAGGUUUAUUCAAAGAAAUAGUUAAUACUUUUGCUAAAUAUGAAAUAGUUUUGAAAGAACACUUUGAAAAUAGCCCAAGAAAUGCAAAAUAUACCAGUAAUAGAAUCCAAAACGACCUAAUUAGUUCCAUACAUAAUGUUCUUAUUAAAAAAGUAAAAGCAGAUUUACAAAAUGUAUAUGUUUCAAUCUUAGCCGAUGAAACUAGUGAUGUUGGUCAUCAUGAGCAACUUUCAAUCGUUAUACGAUAUUUUGAUGAUCAAAUGAAUAGACCUGUUGAAACUUUUCUUGAUUUAGUACGGUUAGUUUCUGUUAAUGCUGAAUCUAUAUUCACAGCUAUAAGUAAUAUUAUACAUUCCAAAUUUGGUAUAGGUUGGUCAUCAAUAAUUGCUGUGUGUUUUGAUGGGGCCUCUACAAUGUCUAGUAAUAUAGGUGGGGUACAAAGGAAAUUCAAUGAGAUGAAUGCAAACAUUUUGUACGUGCAUUGCUAUGCAUACUGCUUAAAUUUGUCAUUAAUUGAUUCAAUCACAAGUAAUACAAGUAACAAAAAUCAAGUAGUAUUUAACUUUUUAGGAUCUGUUCAAUUUUUAUACUCUUUCAUUGAAGGCAGCCCUACUCGACAUGCUAUUUUUGAAAAUAUAGCUAAAGAACAUAGGUCUAAUCUUCAAACGUUAAAGUCAUGCUCAACAACAAGGUGGGCAUGUCGCUCAGAGGCAGUAAAUGCUAUUAAACAUAACUAUAGAGCAUUAUUAAAAGCGUUGGACGGAAUAACAAAAAAGAGUUUGCUGCCAGAUGUAAAAAUGAAAGGCUUAGGACUUAAAAGUCAAAUCAAAUCAUUCAAUUUUAUUUUUUGUAUGAAUAUGAUGCAACCUAUUUUACAACUAGUUUUAAAAGUGAGUUCUUCAUUACAAACUCCAAAGUUAGUUCAGUUGUGA